UCACACAAGGAGCAGCAGUGCAGCUUCUAGGUUUUUCUUCCACUUCCGCCACCGUUUCUAGGCGGACAGAAGAAGCACAAGGGAGGCGAAGGGAGCAUGGCGUUGGCGUUCGACGAGUACGGUCGUCCCUUCAUUAUAAUCAAGGAGCAGGAGCAGAAGUCGCGCCUGCGGGGUCUCGAUGCGCAGAAGGCAAACAUCUCCGCCGGGCAGGCCGUCGCGCGGAUCCUCCGCACCUCGCUCGGCCCCAAGGGUAUGGACAAGAUGCUCCAGAGCCCCGAUGGCGACGUCAUCAUAACAAACGAUGGAGCAACAAUCUUGGAGCAGAUGGAUGUGGAUAAUCAGAUUGCAAAGCUGAUGGUUGAAUUGUCCCGUAGUCAAGACUAUGAAAUUGGUGAUGGUACCACUGGAGUUGUUGUUUUGGCAGGUUCACUACUUGAGCAGGCAGAGAAACUACUGGAACGUGGUAUUCACCCUAUUAGAGUUGCCGAGGGUUAUGAAAUGGCCUCUAGGCUUGCUGUGGAGCAUCUCGAGCGCAUCUCACAUAAAUUUGAAUUUAGUGCCACUGAUAUUGAGCCAUUGGUGCAGACUUGCAUGACAACAUUGUCUUCAAAAAUUGUCAACCGCUGCAAGCGUGAAUUAGCUGAGAUUGCUGUAAAGGCUGUUAUUGCUGUUGCCGAUCUAGAGAGGAAAGAUGUUAAUUUGGAAUUAAUCAAGGUUGAAGGGAAAGUUGGUGGAAAAUUGGAAGACACAGAACUUAUUUAUGGUAUUGUGGUUGAUAAAGAUAUGAGCCAUCCUCAAAUGCCAAAAAGAAUUGAGGAUGCAAAAAUUGCUAUUCUGACAUGUCCAUUUGAGCCGCCUAAGCCAAAGACAAAGCAUAAGAUUGACAUUGAUUCUGUGGAAAAAUUCCAGACGUUACGCCAGCAGGAGCAGAAAUACUUUGAUGAUAUGGUUCAAAAAUGCAAGGAUGUCGGUGCCACUUUAGUAAUCUGUCAAUGGGGUUUUGAUGAUGAAGCAAACCAUCUAUUAAUGCAUCGGAAUUUACCUGCUGUUAGAUGGGUUGGUGGUGUUGAAUUGGAGUUGAUUGCAAUAGCUACAGGUGGGAGAAUAGUUCCAAGGUUCCAGGAGUUGACACCUGAAAAACUAGGAAAGGCUGGAUUAGUUAGAGAGAAAUCAUUUGGAACUACCAAAGAUCGGAUGUUAUAUAUUGAGCAUUGUGCUAACUCCAGAGCUGUAACCAUUUUCAUUCGUGGAGGUAACAAAAUGAUGAUAGAGGAAACAAAGCGUAGUCUUCAUGAUGCACUGUGUGUGGCAAGAAAUCUGAUACGCAACAAUUCUAUUGUUUAUGGUGGUGGUUCUGCUGAAAUAUCUUGUUCAAUUGCAGUGGAAAAUGCUGCAGAUAAAUUUCCAGGGGUUGAGCAGUAUGCUAUCAGGUCUUUUGCUGAAGCUUUAGAUGCUAUUCCAAUGGCCCUUGCUGAGAAUAGUGGUCUCCCACCUAUUGACACACUUACAGCAGUUAAAUCUCAGCAAGUUAAGGAGACGAAUCCACAUUUCGGUGUUGAUUGCAAUGAUGUUGGGACAAACGACAUGAAGGAGCAGAACGUAUUCGAGACGCUGAUUGGGAAGCAGCAGCAAAUUUUGCUUGCAACUCAGGUUGUGAAAAUGAUUUUGAAGAUUGAUGAUGUGAUCACCCCAUCUGAGUAUUAAUUCUGCGGCUAAGGUGGUCCGUGAAGGCGUUUCUAGUUGAAUUUCACAUAGCUAGGUGGGCGAUGUGGCACCCAGAAAUGCAAUUGCUUACCUCUAAUGUUAUAUCUUUAGGGGUUUGAAUCUGAAACAGUUUUGUGGUUUAUGUUUCCGUAGGUAAUGUUAUAUUUUAUGUUCGACCGAGUCAGCGUUUAGGUCAUGUGGCUUGCUAACACUUUCAAGUUAAAUUGUGUCGAACAAAUUUGGUUGCCAGUCGACUUAGAACAUUUAACGAUCGUGAUUAGUAGUGUUUUAUUAUUAUUAUUAUUAAGGCUUAAUUUUGUCUA